CAGGGGACCAUCUGCAUGCACCUCCUCCUUCUCCAUUGUUUGAAAUGGAUGAGGAGCGAGAGCGUGCACUCAUGUUGCAAGACGAGGAGGCCUUUUACGCAGAGGACGGGACUAUCUUGGAGUUACAGCAGCAGCUAAGGAGCGUCCUGAAACAAGUCUCGAUGCGCGAACGACAGAUCGGGAGACUGAAAGCAAAGAUUGGAGCGACGGAAACAGCGCAACAAUUGGAGCUGGCACACCUGGCGGCGAGGUUACACGCACGCAGUGAGCGCGAUUUUGGAGUGAUGCUCACACAGCAGCGUCUAGCUCGGAAAGCGCGCGAUCUGGAGCAGCAAUACGCGAUCGAACUGGACGCUUUAAAACAAAGAAAACAAGGCAAACAACUUGCAAAGGACCAGUCGUGGGCCGGCGAGAACAGGAACAACGAAAAUGAGCAAAACUUAGCAUCAGCAUAUGCUAAACAAGAGGUUGAUGAUGCUCCUCCUCGUGCAAAAAUGGAAGCGAAAACAGCGAAAACGAGUCGACCUGCUCCAUCCAGUACCAGUUGGAGGAGAAGUGAUCGUCCCCCACCAGGGAAGCGGAGUUUUGCGAGUAUCGCAUUAUUAGAUACUCGACUCAAGCGGGAGGCUCCGGGUGAGACCGUAAGUGACGAUCACGACUAUGCCGCAGACAUACAUGCAGACGACGACCUCAUUUGAGAUUCAUCGUACGUCGAACAGAAUCCGGGUAUUAACAAGGUCGCCAACCUUUUACCAUUCAUGUAAAAGACAUGCCGCAAAUGCAUUGCCUUGUGGACCUGUGAUUUCAGCACACAGUCCUCUUCGAGACAACUUAAUUAUGAAUUUCUGAUUCACACGUCCCCAUUUCACAGUAUGAAUGUGCAUAGGGUCGAUCCAGAUCUCAUUUCAAUAUUUGAGAAGCUCCUCAAAAAAAUAGCUCCUAUGUCACAGUCUCCCGCGGACACGCCAUGCACAUCAUGAAAGAAG